GUUCAAAAGUAACCAGAAAUAUAUGCUGAGCUUUAUCAGUAGGUCGACAUCGUAUGAUAUGUAAAACAGGAAUGUGUGUCUUGUAUUAGAAGUGUAAUAUUUAAACGAAAGAGAUGAUGAAAAUGGUUUUAAAAAAAUAACAAUUAACAUACCGGUAGCGAAUAAUUUGAAACAGAGUAUAAUUGAGUGCUUGUAGUUACUAUCCGAAUAUAUCGAUCCAAUGGAGGCCAACAUGUUUGUUUUCACGAGGCCACAGUCGACAGAGGCUCAGAAUCCUCGAUAGAACCAUUUAAUAUACGUCGCAUCAAAAGUGCUAAUUCUGCCACCAGAAGCAGACUGAAGAGUGCUACACCAUUAAUUUUGAAACAGAAGCUACAUAAUAGCACGACAGAGACAUGCCUGCAUGCGAUGAGUGCUGAACAUAAAAGGAUCAUCGGGACUUUAAAUAGAUCAUCAAGACUCGAUAAAGCAUCAAAGGAUCGUAGAACUAAGAAAUGUGGUAUACAAACGACAAGUUUCAAUAGACAUUUUUCAUAGAAUAUUUUGCUGUUAAUAAAGUAGGCCUAUAUUUGGAAUUACAUCCAAUCAUCGUCUUCUGUGCAACAUAUGCCUACUGUGAGUAUAGAUGCAGAAAAUGACGGUGGGAAUUAUUUAGAAUAAAAUGAAGACACUAAAAAGUUCAGUAUAUCCGCUCCUAUACUGACAGUCUCCUGACAUCUUUACACUCUGUAAAUUCUAGUGAGUAGAGUCUGUUUCAUCAAUGUGAUGUGAAAAUGUCAUCCGAUGAAAAUGAUAUCAAAGUCGGGGCAGUUGUCUCAACCUACAGUAAAAAAAGAAAAAAUAGCAACACAUUUGCAAAUCUAAAGACCUCAUAUAUGUCUGCUUUUCACCAAAGAAGUUCAACAGCGUUCGCCGGGUCAGUGAACGGCUCAAAGGCGACGCAUGAGCGAAGGCGGUACAGUGUUGACUUGGGCCUAACGCUUAACUCAUUUCGGAAGGCAAGAAGAUCACGACCGAGGAGAAAAAGUAUACCACAGGGCAUAGGCCUAAAUCCUCGAGAUUAUGAAAAGCCCUAUGCGAAGUUCAAACGAGUCUCGAAAACAGUUCGGGUCAUUGCAUCUAUCUGCCUGGCAUUGAAGAGUUAUGUUAAAGUAGGGGAGACGAAGUUAUGGUCGCUAGUAGAGAUGCAAUUGAAUCUGAGAGCUGAUAUGGAAAAUUGUGUAGCAUUUGAUCGUAGUAUGUUCGCUAACUUGAGAGUUGAUAGAGGAUCAGAAAAACUCAAGUCGAUAUUGACGGUGGCACCUAACAUGAGGAACAAAGAGGAUAUUGAUAUAGUUCUAGCGUUACUAAGAGGUAACACUACGUUUGGAAACUAUGCCAAAGAAACUCAAAUUUCACUUGCCAAAGUAAUGUACUUCGUCACAUAUGAACCAAGGCGAAUUAUAAUAAAAGAAGGCCACCAAGCGUCAGCUUUUUACGUAAUUUUAUCGGGAACUUGUUUGGUAAAUCAGAGAGAAACUGAUAGAACAGGAAAUACAUUCGUUAGAACUGUCGCUGAGAUAUGUACCGGCGAUUCGUUUGGGGAUGAAGAGCUUCUGAAUGACACAAACCGCGGUGCCAGUUAUGUUUGCAAAGACAGCGUUGAGCUCUUACUCGUUGACAAGGAGGAUUUUCAGAAAAUAAUUCGUGAACCCCUGGAAAAAGAUCGCGAGGAACUUAUCGAUUUCUGUAAAUCGCAAGAGGUUUUCUUGGGGUUUCCAGUGGAGAAAUUAAGAUCGAACCAUGGUGGUCUCACCUGCAAAUACUAUAAGCCAGAAACAGUUGUUAUACACAAUGUAAGCGAAGCUGGUCACAUUGCCAUCAUCAGAUCGGGAAAAUGCAGAGUGAUUGCGGAAUUAGUAGAAUCUACCAAACGACCAUAUUCAGGUAGGCCCAGCAGAAGGAAACGCAAUGAAUUAGAAGAGGAUUGGAAAGCCACUGCCGCCCUGAGGAGGAGUAUGUCGUUAUUGGAAGAGACAAAGAAGGGGAAGCUGAAUCGUUCUUCAUUAUUUGAAAAAUUGGAAAGACAUGAUAUUCCCAAAAUAUUUAUCCAUUCACCUCAGAAAGCUGAAUGUGACCAAGAUAAGUCGAAGCCUAAUUGUGACGGUAUCCAACGGACAUGGAAGCGGGCAGGCCUUACGACCAGUAGCCUAGCAGCUAGAGAGAUGCAACCUAAUGCAUUGCAUUACAACACAGAAAAACGGGGGAGACAGAAAAAAGAUUGCAUAUCAACCUUUGCACGAAUAGCAGAACUCGACGCUGGUUCAGUUUUUGGGUUAGAAACUGUAUUUAAGAAAACUAAAAACAACUUAAGCCUGGUUAGUGAGGGCGCUGACUGCAUACUUGUCUCGAAGAAGUUCUUUAAAAACGAGAACAACAUAAAGAUGUUGCAGAACACAAGUACACUGGCAAUCAAUUUUCCUCCAUCUAAUGAGACAUUGGCUAAAAUUCACGACGCUAGGGCCUGGGUAUCUUUUAAGGAUGCACUGGUGAAAGAAAUAUCGGAACGGAAAAACAAGAAAGAGAUGGGAUUAAUGGAGAAAUAAACGAUGGAUAAACCAGAACACGCAGUCAAUUAAAAAAAAACACCAAAACAUUAAUUCGGUGGUCUCAACUUGUAACACACACUCAUAUCGUAUAAAUACCGGUCUGUUAUAUUGCUAUAGGCCUAAUACGAAUCGAUAUUUGCCUUACCUGACGUCAUUAAGUACUGAAUGCUCUGUACGAUCCCCAAAUGCCUGCGAAAAAUACAUAAUAAAAAAAUAAUAAUAAUAAUAUAAUGCUAUAGUAUUAUGAUUUGUAUUGAAGUAAAUGAAAACAAAAAGUAUUAUUAAAAUAUUGCAUAUAUAAUAAUGCAUACGUCUGUUGAAGGAUAUGUUUGUAUGUUUUUAUGAUAAAUAAAAGAAUUUAAUCUGAUAAAUCACAGGCUGUUUGUUGUCAUUGAAUCUUAGCUGUCUGUCGUUGUGUGUCUGUGUGACGUGACUACAAGUUUUCUGUUAGCAGUGUAAUGGAUCAUAACAUAUAUUAGAGCGAUUGAACUAAAGAAGAUGUUGAUUUAAUUUUAUUGUUGAAAAAUUCAAUGGUCAAGGUUACAAAAAAUUGAAAAGUCACAUUGUCGAAGUAGGCCUAUAUAGAGCCUGCAACAGGGAAAAUUAUCCGAGGGUCUCGCUCCAGUUAUGUUAUUGUCACUAGUAUAAUAGGUAUCGGUAGUACCUAUUUUCUAUUUCAGAUAAUUUUCAACUAUAAAGUUAAUUUAAAUUAAAUGAUACGUAAAAGGCGACUUUUUUAUACCUUGUUUAGCAAA